UGAUUUUGUCAGAAGCACAAUUUAUUUUGCUCUUCUUUCAGCCUCAGUUUGAAAUCUUUAGUUCUUGGCCAAAUCAGAGAAUGCAAAGAAUUGAGUAAUGAUGGAGAGCUACUUCAGCAGUGUUUUACCUGCAAGCCAAGCUUCGGAAUUACUGGUGGGGUUCUGUAGGUUUUUGGAAUCAGAAGUCGAGUGUCUAGCAAGAGGAGAGAAGAAGGGGAAAACUAUCAGGAAAGCAAAAAGCCACGAUCCUUUUGCUGCACACCAUGAAUAUAUGCGGCAGAUGAUGAGAAGCUUUUCUGAUCCUUUUGGACAGGAUCCAUUUCUCAGUAUAACAGAUGGUGGGGAGAGAACAGUAGAUCGAAGAGCGCGCCAGGACUCUCAGGUUGCUCUAAGAGGAAAUCGCAGAGCAACGAGCUGCUCUCUCAUGCCCUUUGCAGGCUUUGGUAGAGUGCAGGAUGCAGAUUUUGGGGAACCUUUCUUUGCAAUGGACAGGAUGAUGUCAAAUAUGAGAAAUAGUAUGCUGGAAAUGCAAAGAAAAUUUGAUGACCUGUCCAUCCAUCCAGAUGCGCACACAUUCAGCUCUUCCUCUGUGAUGACCUACUCCAGAAUAGGGGAUGAACCACCAAAAGUUUUCCAAGCUUCAGCUCAGACACGCACAGCUCCAGGAGGUGUUAAGGAGACAAGAAAAGCACUUAAGGAUUCUGAAAGUGGACUGGAAAAAAUGGCUAUUGGUCAUCAUAUUCAUGAUCGUGCCCAUGUCAUUAAAAAAUCAAAGAACAGCAAGACUGGUGAUGAAGAAAUGAAUCAAGAAUUCAUCAACCUGGAUGAGGCUGAGGCCCAGACCUUUGAUGAAGAGUGGCAGAAAGAGAUUAUGAAGUUCAAGCCAUCUAGAACUAGAUGCAAUUUAGAAGCUCCAAAAUACAAAAGUAUUCAUCACAUACCCAAGGAAGAUGGAUUAAGAAGAGAGAAACGACUUGCAGUUGCGGGUUCCAGGGAGCCCAGAGUUUCUUUGGAGAAUCUCAAUGUGAAAGGAACACAUGUCCCCAUCAAAAGCAGCAAAAAAUAAAUUGCUUCCAUUCUCCAUUUGAAUGGAGUUUCUUCAGAGAAGAUAAUGGUGCUGCAUUGCUUAUAUAAGUAUACACGUAUAUAUGACCAAUUUCUAUUUUUUGUUUUACUAAGUAUUAGCGUGCCUUGCUACGCCAAUCUUCUGACAACUGAAUGUUCUUUAAAACUUCAGAUCCUUGGUUAAACCAUCUAGUCUCAGUAAAUUAAAAACCCAACAACUUUCCACUUAAAAGCACUUUAAUGAUUAUCACUAAUUCUGUUUAAAAAAACAAAAAAGCUUCGAUUAGCAAGAUUUUUCUGCUACAACUGCACCAGUUGCAGACUUUUUGUUAAACCUCGUAACGAAACUACUUUUUCCCACACUCUAACUUGCACAGAAAGUAAAUUCUCUUUUUAUUUUGUGUGGCUGAAAUAAUAUUGAUCUUCUAGGUGAUACAGCAAUUUGAAUACACUACAGACAAUACAUAGAUCUCUAUAGAUAAUCUUUAAAAUCAUAUUGUAAAUUGGUAUAGAAUGCCCAGAUUCACCUUGAUUUAACAUGAAGAAAAGUGAGGAACACUGAAAUGACAAAUACUUCAAGUAAAUUUUAGUUUGUCAGCAUUCUUACAUUCAUAAGCUGUGCUUGCAUCUCUUAUUUUCUGUGCCUAGAUUGUCAGUUCCGUAUUUCUCAUCCUUGGCAUGUUUCCUUUGGAGGUGGCCCAUUAUUUUUCAUUCUUGAAGAUUCUCUGUAGUAGUAGCUUUAAUUAUUCUGUAAUAAUACCACUGUGUUCUAAGAAACUCAGCUGUAACUAUUAGUUAUUAAUCAGAAAAAUAUGUGGGAGAAAUUGGUUGAGUAGGCAGUCAUUUAACUGGAUAAUGAGUGAUUACACCACUUCUGUUCUAAAAAGCUGAGAGCCCUGUGUACAGGAAACCAUUUCCUCCCUCAGCUGAGAUGAGAUGUCUUUGUGUUCUUGUGUGUCCUGUUUUAGUGGAUAUAGAAUGAUCCUAAAUCUAAUGCUUGAUCUGCCUUGACAUUGUUGUUACUGUUUGGUUAAAGAGUCUGAUGUUCUAGAGGAAAGCCAGCUGCGUGACUGAGAACCGGAAAGGUCUCGGUAUUAAAGUGUUAAGUUUGUAUGCUGUUUUGUUACGCAGAAUUGAUCCCCGUGUUGUAGCGUAAAUGAUAUCUGUAGACUAUAAUGUUACAGCAUUAGCACUAUAGCAUAUAUUUCAAGGCUAAAACAUUAUAGUGUAGCCUUAAAAAAAGCACUGUUUAUAUG